AUGAAACAGUACCUCAUAUACCUGGCGCAGUCUCAUCCUGGAUUCAGAAAGGCAGAGCUCGAGUCUCUCGCUGUCUUGGAGAAUAUUGAGUUAGAUCUCGCCGACUACACCGACGAGUCACCUUUCUUAGUGGUGAGGCUACAGAACGACGAUGAAGCAUACCGAUUGGUCCACAGGAGCAUUCUCUGUAGGGGAAUUUAUGAGCUCUGGGGACAUGGUGAUGAUCUCCAGUCGCUUCAUGACAGUAUACGCUUGACCAGUCAGCCGCACUGGGCUGAAUAUCUCCACAAGUCAUUCAAAUUCGAGAUCAUAGGAUACCAGGGAAAGAAGAAGACAACAAAAGAACAGGUCGCUCUUAUCGAGACUUUUGAGUAUCUUGGAUUUGAGGGUGUUAUUGAUAUGAAAACGCCAGAAGUCCGGUUUACGGUUCUGGAGAAAUAUCACAUUGAAGGGGGUGGCCCCACGGCUCAGCCCGACCAUGUCUGGUUUGGUCGUGAGAUCUGUGUCAGUGCGAGAGUUAGAGGAGCUGUUGACGAGUACGACCUCAAGAAGAGACCUUAUCAUGGAACUACAUCUUUUGAUGCUGAGCUUUCCCUCGUGAGUUGCAAUCUUGCGCACUGUUCUCGAGGGAAGGUGAUGUACGACCCGUUCGUGGGAACCGGUUCUUUUCUGGUAGCGGGGGCAUAUUUUGGCUCUUCGGUUUUUGGAUCCGAUAUAGACAUAAGGCCUCUUCAUGGAAAAGAUUCCAAAACAAAAAACAUACAUGCCAAUUUCGAGAAAUACGGGACCACGCAUCUGUUUGGUGAUGUGCUGACCAUGGACUUCACCAAUAACGCGCUCAGAGAUACCUUCCAAAUCGAUUGCAUAGUUUGUGAUCCACCCUACGGUGUUAGAGAAGGACUCAAAGUAUGUGGAACCAAGAAUGAAGCCAAGGCGGAGGGAAAGGAGAAUCUUAUCAUUAACGGCGAAAAGGCUUUCUUGAGAAAGGACUACAUCCAGCCCAAAAAACCGUACGAACUGGAUCUUUUGCUUGACGAUUUGCUUCGGUUUGCAGCUCAAAAACUUCCCAUUGGCGGAAGACUGUGUUUCUGGAUGCCCACAGCGAACGAUGAGCUAAUUCCUACGCUGAUACCGCAUCACGAGAACUUGGAGCUGAUCUAUUCGUUGGUUCAGGACUUCAAUAAAUGGUCGAGAAGGUUGCUGGUUUAUGUUAAGCGUGAUGAAAACUAUAAGGGGAUUACUAUGAGCAAAAAGGACCGCUCUGGAGUGAAUAAUUUCAGGGAUCGAUAUUUCAGUGGGUUUAGACCAGAAGUGGAGACGGAGAAAUAG